CCGGCAUCCUGUGCGGCUCUGGCCACGCCCAUCAUCUCUCCCUGUUUGCAUCUUCUACCCAGAUGGUGAUUCCCAAUGUACUGAUAUCAAGAGAGAAACUUCAAGGCCCCCUGGGACUAAUAUGAUCAAAGCUCUCCGCCAUGAGGAAGGAGUCUCCCUCUAUGAAGUUUUGUUCCAUCAUUUUUGAAGAACCUCCUCCCUGCACUUCUCCUGUCAGUGCUAUAAUGGGGUGGGAGCGUGGCUGCUCAGUACACAUCUCUUAGACAUUACGUUUUUGGUCUUGGUUCUUCAGUUCUUCCUUCUACCUGUAAUGGCUUGUAGACCUGCACGUGAAGUGUACCAGCCAUGCUCAAAAUGAUGUGAGGUCACCACUGAAAGACGCUGUGGAUGAGGGGAUCUGAGCUCCCCAAUAACACAAUGAACUGCAACAUCUGGUGAGGUGUAAGGCCAUUGUCAUGUCCCAGAGUGAGAUAAAGGAGCAGAAUCUGUACAGAGAGUCCACCGGUGAUGAGUUUUUGGAACCCCAUAAGAUAACAUCGUCUUCAUUACUCUCUCACCACUCUGAUGUACCCAAAAAUGUGGACAGUGAUGCGAUGGAGGCACCCCUCACAGUGUCACUGGACAGUCAUAUACCUAGAGCUGCACAGAACCUGGACAGGAACAAUCUAAUGAACGAUGCUUCACUCCACACACCAAAAAGACGGAAUCGCAGAACAAUAUGUGAACCCAUGAAGAUGCCAAGAACCUUUUCUAUUGACAUUCCUUUCCCCGUUUCGACCAGCCAGCGAAGAAGCUACCAAUAUCCUGGCCUCUGUUAUGGAGGCUUGGAACAAGAGGACAGCCCAGAGUCCACCCCAGAUAUGAGUUCCAACUCCUAUAUCUGUAUUGAGUGUGGACAGAGCUUCUCUCAUGAGGUCACAUUUGUGGAGCACCAGAAGACGCACAGCCCCAUAAGUCUUGACCUAAACUCCUCGCUCAUCUCAAGUAGUGCCAUCUGUGAGGUUGGUGGAUCUAUGAUACAAACUCAGGAGCCAAAAAGAGCAGGCAGAGAGUUUGCCUGUGCAGACUGUGGGAAAACCUUUAUUGGGAAGUCCAAUCUCAUUGUCCAUCAGAGAAAACAUACGGGAGAAAAGCCUUACGGAUGCAUGUUCUGCGGGAAACACUUUGGUAGAAGUUCUGUCCUUCGAAAACAUGAGCGGAUACACACAGGAGAGAAGCCGUACACGUGUGUCUACUGUGGAAAACGGUUCAGUCAGAACUCUGGGCUGAAGAACCAUGAGCGGAUCCAUACCGGAGAGAAGCCUUAUGCCUGUAUAGAGUGCGGACGGAGGUUCAGUCAGAGCGCUGAUCUGAUGGUUCAUUAUAGGACACACACUGGCGAGAAACCAUUCAUAUGUAUUGAGUGUGGAAACAGCUUUAUUCGCAGCUCAGACCUCGUCAUACACCAAAGAACUCACUCUGGGAUUAAACCCUUCACAUGCACUGAAUGUGGGAAGAGCUUUAGUCAAAGGUCCCAAAUUAUAAGACACAGAAGAACCCACACAGGCGAGCGGCCAUUUACCUGUGAUGUCUGUAGGAAAAGCUUUAUCCUGAGCUCGGAACUGAAGAAACAUCACAGAGUACAUACAGGGGAGAAGCCUUAUAAGUGUAAGGAGUGUGGGAAGUCCUUUCGCCACUGUUCUAACAUGAGCAGGCAUCAGAAGAUGCAUGCGGAGAUUGAGGUUCUCUAGACGUUAUCACUGUCCUAUUGUCCGCUCUUUCAGUGUAAUUGUUUUUGUGACCAAGCAGCUAUUCUGUGAUGGAAAAGACUGAAAUCCUGAGCAAGAAAAACGACAAGGUUGCCUUUCUGGUUUUAUUAUUGCCUAUAGCCGAAGAUCUUCUCUUGACCUGCCCCUGACUAUACAGUAACUUUACUCACAUUUUGUAUUGCACAUCUUCGUGUUUUUGUUUUUUUUUCUUUUUGUUUCCGACAAUAAACAUCUGUUGUCUGAAAUAUUCAGAACUUCAGGGUGUGAUGAGCAAGAGAGGCGAGCCGCAGUCAU